AAAGACAAUCCCUGCAUCCGGGCCACUUCUUCUGCAUGUCGCUAUUCAGUCCAGUCUACAACAGUUCUCUCUUUUUACUCUUUUUAAAUCUCUUUUAAACAUGUCCCGGGGCUCCACCGCGGGAUUUGACCGUCACAUCACUAUCUUCUCUCCGGAGGGAAGACUUUAUCAAGUAGAAUAUGCAUUCAAGGCCAUAAACCAGGGUGGUUUGACAUCAGUUGCUGUUCGGGGGAAAGACUGUGCAGUAGUUGUCACACAGAAGAAAGUCCCAGAUAAGCUUUUGGAUGCUUCUACUGUCACACACUUAUUCAGAAUUACUGAGAAUAUCGGAUGUGUUAUGUCAGGAAUGACAGCUGACAGCAGGUCUCAAGUGCAGCGAGCUCGCUACGAGGCAGCAAACUGGAAGUACAAGUAUGGUUAUGAGAUCCCAGUAGACAUGCUUUGUAAAAGGAUCGCUGACAUCUCUCAGGUUUAUACACAGAAUGCAGAGAUGAGGCCGCUCGGCUGCUGCAUGAUUGUAAUUGGUCUGGAUGAGGAGCUUGGGCCACAAGUAUAUAAAUGUGACCCAGCAGGUUAUUACUGUGGGUUUAAAGCCACAGCAGCAGGUGUGAAGCAGACAGAGGCUACAAGCUUCCUGGAGAAAAGAGUGAAGAAGAAACUUGAUUGGACCUUUGAGCAAACAGUUGAGACGGCCAUCACUUGCUUAUCAACUGUGCUGGCAAUUGAUUUCAAGCCGUCUGAGUUGGAGGUAGGCGUUAUCACUGCUGAGGAUCCAAAAUUCAGGAUCCUGUCAGAGUCAGAGGUCGACACUCACUUGGUCUCUCUGUCUGAGAGGGACUGAGAUCUCCGAAGAUAGUAGUGAGAUACGCAGGAUCCCAUUCAGAGCCCUUGUUCUCAUGUAAAUUACCCCUGUUCCAUUAAAGACAUUUUGUG